AUGUCUUUUGAGCCAGAUGGCCGGGAGCAGCGGAAGCGAACGCUCGGCGUUGAUUGCGUUGGUCGACUCCUAUGGCGCCACUGGGAGCCAGGCGGCGAAUAUACCCAGAGGCUGCGGAUACGAAAUUUAGACAUGAAAAAGCAAACUAUAGUGUACCGACUGCCGCUGCGAAAGACAGUUUUUAUCAUGGAUUUCCCCGAUCCGGUUACACUCAGCAGUGGCAUGGCCACCGAUAUUAAAGUAUCUUUCCGCCCAACGGAGCUUGUUGAUAUUUGUGACAUGUUUGAGGUGACUGUCGUUGGUCGGGGUAGCUUUUUCGUGAAAUUGGAAGGGAAAAUACCGACGGCGAGGGUCGAAGUGCCUCCACACCAUGACUUUGGCUAUGUUCCAACCGCUACCACUGCGAGGGAAAUCGUCGCCAUGAAGAACGUGGGUACCACCACCGUCUCGUACGAAUGGGAGGUGCCGGCGCCCUUCGGCAUUACACCCACAAGCGGGGAGCUUCGGGAAAAUGAAACAGUGGACCUGUGCAUAACUUUCACGCCGUCGGAGGCGUGUGUUUUGAUUGCUCAGGCGGUGUGCAAAAUGGCUGCGUGUGGUUCUUUACUCUCAACAAUAAAGAUAUCUGGUGUUGCCAAGUACCCCUUCAUCCGCGUGUCGAAGGAGCCUAGCACCGUAACCGGCUCAACUACCCCUGACGACAGCUGCCUCAGCGGUCGUGAGAUGCAGUUGUUGCAGGAUGGCAGGAGUCUCUUGUUAGAUUUUGGUACCGUAUACGUUGGUAAGGUGCACACUAUGGAGUUUGAUGUCGAAAAUCCCUCAGUGGUUGACGCGGUGUUCAGUUUGGAGGUGGAAAGGGAGGACUUCUCAUGCCCCUUUACUGCCGCACCGCGGACCGGUGUUAUUCCGCGGGGGAAGGCACAGAAGUUCAAAGUUACCUUCGCUGCGACGUCGGUGGGUGCUGCCUUUUCUGACAAGCUGUGCGUAAAAGCACUCGCUGGGAACACGGUUACGUUGCUGCUGCGCGGUGUUGUGGUUGCGCCCACUGUGGUUGCUUCAGUGACUUCCAUGAACUUUGGUGACAUCCGGAUGGAAAAGAACAUCGUUGUUUAUGAGCACCGCCGGGCAUUGCGGCGUUCUUUUUACAUCAAGAACCUCUCAGACGUGUCUGUGAACUUCUAUGUUCUUGGUGUUUCUCCAGGCGCGUCAUUUGUUGUAACACCGACGACCGGAGAACUCCCUGCUAAAGGCACCCAGCGGAUGUGGGUGGAGUUCUGUCCUACAUACCCGAUGAAUUAUCUACGGCGAUUGCACAUUAUCAUGAACCUCACGAGACACGUUGUUUUCGUCGACUUAUUUGGCUCUGCGUACGAUGACAGCAUCCGCCCCAUGUCGUUCGGGUUGAAGGAGGUGGAGGAGUUUUUUUGGCGUCACGAGGUCGGCCUUGGGGCAUCUGAACCGCAGGAUUUGUUCCUCCUUUCGAAGGUUCUGCGGGGUGGCAAGGUGCCCGACACGUUGAUGCAUCUACUUUCCACCUCUAGUUUGGCAAUGCUGCGAGAUCUUCAUCGUGACCCGACGACCUCCAGUGAGUUGGUGACGGGAGGUUGUCGCAAAAAGAGCGGGGGCCGUAUUAGUUUCGCUCGGUGGAACUCGUCUUUCUCCACCGGCGCCCCCUUCGUGUUGAGCACAGAGGCAUUAGUUUUUGUGGAUUCAAGGAACGAACCUCAAUAUGUGAACGUGUACAACCGGAGCAACACGGUGGCGACGGCGUACUGGUGCCUCCCCGCCGACUGCAGUUUCAGCGUGACGCCCAUGCAGGAAGAUAUAUUGCCUCACUCUUACUGCACCUUCACCGUUACUCGGUCGCGGGCAGCAGGCACUUCACUCCGCGACCAGCAUCUUGAGUGCUAUGUAAACUACAAGCAGAUGCAGUCCUUCCUUUUAAUCGAGGAGGGAAGUUUCACUCCUCCUCAUUACUUUACCGUGCACUGCCAACAGAUUAUUCAGUGCUCCGAUGCGGAGGCUGGAAGCAUUGUUUCCUGUGUGGGGGCACCGAAGCACAUCGUCUUUCCUAAGUGCCUUGUUGACGGCACCACGCACACGGUUAUUGAACUGGAGAAUCGUGGAGGUGUGAUUGUUUCCUUCGCGGUCGCCCUACGUCUGGAGAGCCAAGAGUCGAAAGGGAAGGAUUGCGGAAGUGAUGCCAUUAGCGGCCAUGGAUCAAAUUCAGUUUUCGGGUGCAACCCCGUGUACGGCAUAAUACCAGCACGUAGUCGCGUUCCUUUGAUGCUUUCUUUUAGUGCCAAAGGCGCGGCGUGGAUGCGUGGAGAGAUGCUCGUUCAGUUGAGCAAUAGUCCUAAAGACGAGCUCCGCAUAGUGCUGCACGGUGAGGGGUUUAGACCAGAGCUUCUCGUAGAGGACAGCUCUAUGAUUACAAUGCGCCCCGCGUGCGUAACAGGCGUCACGGAGCGGUCGUUGAGAAUCACGAACCCAACAACCGUACCGAUUAGCUUCGAGUCAUCUCCUUCACAGCCACUUCAGGGUGUAGUGUUUGUGGAACCACCGGUUGGCGUCCUACAAGCAGGGAUGGGGAUGAAUUUGGUUGUUUCCUUCUGCCCCCAAGAUCCUGUGUUGUAUGAGGGGCAUAUAACAUUCUCAAUUUCGACACAUGAUGAAACACAGCCGAGUUCAAACGCAACACGGAGAGCUGUUGAUCCUUUGGUUGGGCGGGAACGGGAGUCACAAAGCAGCAGUUGCAACAACACACCAAGAGAGCUGAGCUUAAGUGAUGGCAAGCGCAUCAUCUCUUGCCCCUUUAUGGGUGAAGGUCGUCAAUCUGUAGUUGAGGUUGAACCGGUGGUGAUUGAGCACGAGGGUCCAGCCGCACAGGAGAAAACAUUUGAGUGGACCAUAUACAACAGCAGUGUGUGUGAAGUAUGCUAUGAGGUGAGGUGGCUCACGAAAACAAGGAGGAUGAAUUGGGAGGGUGAAGACACCCCAAUGAUUCACCUCAGUAACAACAGGUGCGGAGCAUUGGCCGCCCGCUCGCACACUGUAGUACUUGUUACGUUGCGGCCUCCGGCCGGCGUGACUGACUGUAUCUUGUACACACUCGUUGGCGGCAGGGGGGUAGAUUUGAGUAGUAUUGCUUGCCCCACAAACCUGCACGAGGUUCAACAGCACCCACACUGCGAGGUUCGCUUGAAAGGUACACGCCCGGCUGUUCAGAUCACUGACGUACGCUCGUUACAGCAGCACCGCUCGCAGUUGUGGUGCCAGUUAGCUAUUAAUAGCAUUAAUAACGUGCUUGCUGCCCCUGUACAGAGCGUGGACGUAGAGAGGGACUCAUUCGCCUUCCCGCAGUAUGUACAGGGCGUUGAGCCAAUUUACAUGGAUGUCGGCGUAGGUUGUGUGGAUGAUGAUGAUAAGGAGAUUAUGCUGUGCGUUGAGAAUGCUGGAUCGUGUGCAGCCCCGUUCCGGUUCUGGUACCCGAUUGAUCACGAAGGUGGGAACGAGACGUGGUUCGUUGAAGAUGAAGAGUUGGAGGAUGUGCAGCAAAUUCUUUCUAACCGCUUGUUGGAAAUUUCUCCUCGAGAGGGGACCAUCCCCGUGAACUCCCACGCCGUUAUCACCAUUACGUACCGCCAUGUUAGUGUCGGCACGCACUGCUUGCCCGUUUUGCUUCGGCUGGACAAGGGUAAGAAGGCUCUUCUGGUCCUUGAGGGGCGCACAGUGGCGGACAACACUCACGCUCUCGCCUUUCACCAUCCACCUGUUUAUCAGUUACACCCCAUAGCACUCGGCGAUGUCGAGCCACCGUUGCAAAGCUCAACAAUUGAGAACACCUCGUCGCAUCCGAUGACUUACGUUGUACAGGAAGAUCUUGUUGAGCAGGUUUGUGCGGCCAACUGCGGUGUUCCCGUGUUUCAGUGUAUGAAUCCAGAGGGUGUUAUUCCCCCCGGCGGAUCAACCCAGCUCCAUUGGUAUUUCCGCCCCCUCGAGGUGCGUACCUACACGAUUGACGUUGGCCUUCAGAUCGUGAAUGGUGAGGGAUACAGUAUGCGAUUCUGCGGUGUCGGAUACCAUCCAAAGAAGACGUCUACUGGGGAAGCAUGUAACACGAUUAAUGAUGCCUUCCUGCCCAUCCCCGUUUCGCCCUCGUUGCGUCUGCCUUCAAGGCUUUGCCCAGUUUCCCUUUCCAUCGACGUCAUGCGUAUUGGUGCGGUGCCCCGCUUCUCGCUGCACCGCCGAAUUUGUUAUGUUGAAAACAGGCACAACUCAUUUUCAUACAGCUUUUCGUGGGCUACAUCGCUAGAACCGGGGAGCUCAACAAUUUCUGUGUCGCCGAACAGUGGCGUGGUGAGACCUGGGCAGCGCGUGCGGUGCGUUCUUGCGCUACAAUGCGGCAAGCUCAGCCAAAUUAUCGAGGCCCCGAUAUUCUGCCGUGUAGUCAACGAGACGUUGAUUGAGGACAAGAGUGUGAGCCCAAUGUAUGUGGAAGCGGCAGCAGCUCCUGAGGACGAAGAGGCCGAUGAAGAAGAUGAUACCGAUCCGUUGCUCGACGUCAAACCACAGACGAAAACGCGGUUCGAGAGGUCCACCUGCACGAAGCGUCGAGCCACCUACAUGGGUAAAAAGCGGCCCUCUGUAAUUGAGGCCCCGCCGGAGUAUCAGAGCCUUCGUGUGCUCUCCGCGGCAGCUGCACCUGCUCUACAUUCUGGUGUUGCGGAUCAUAACACGAUGUCUCUACCACUAAAAAAACGCGCAGAUGAAGGACCUGUCUUGGCCCACUCGCUUGAGGUGUUGGUGCAGGCGCGUAUUAUGCCCGUCGACGAGUACCAGCGGCUCUACGGGGAGUGUGCGGUCCGGCAGGUGUACUUUCCCCCGCUCUACGAGAACUACGUACGGCCUCAGAGUGCAUCUUUGGUGGGAGAUAGGCUCAAGCAAACAAUAAAAGAUUUCACUCGAGGUAAUGUGAGAAUUGUGCGAAGGAUGCUUGAAGGGCUGUUGCGAACUGUUGUCGACUGCCCACCGGUUCGAAAUGCAUUCACCGAGACUAUCAAAGAGGAGAUUCCACAAUACAGGGAGUUGGUGUCUAUGGCCUCCAACUCUUUUGUGAGGGAUCCUCCAUCAUCGACAUAUGGGGCGAACAAGUCAAGUGACCCCGGUUCAGGCGCAGCAGGCGCAACUGAGGCCAUGCCUCCCACUACAGGAGUCACACAACGGCUCACUACAACGGCAGGAACCCCGUGCAAGGAUCAGGGUGUCCUGCCACCGUGGAAUAAUAGCGCAUUGCUGAACUUGGUGGAGAAAUUACUUAACGAUGUGGCCGUGCGCACCAUUACGCAGGAUAUGGGAGCUGGUUUACUGGGCCGCCGAAGCUAA